AUGUCCAAUAAUAAGACACAGAGUCACAAGAGAGACUCUGCUGCCUUGCCCAGUAGCAAGAGGAAUAACUCCAAUUGCUCCUCGUUGGAAGCUCCAGACCCAUUUGGAGAAUCACAAAACAAUUACAACCAUAAUGUUCAACCAUUCCCUCCCUAUGUGCUGGAUCGCAUAGCCAAAGCUUAUCAUGGUAAAAAUGAACUGAACGAACAAAAUUCUGAUCCAUUCGUGUCUACACUAUACGAUGAUUGGUGCCAAUUUCUAGAAACAAUAGAAGCUCGUCAAGCUUAUCCAUCCGAGCUGCUGACCAAAGACAAUUCCACGGACUCUAAUAGCGAACUUGAGAAAGAAUGGGGAGGACAUGAGAGACUGAGAAGAGAACUAGGUGAAGAAGGUAAGAUGGAAAAGGCUAAAGGAAGAAUGUCACUUUUAGCGUUCUUUUUUGGAAAAGGUGAUUCUUCAAAGGAAAAGGCCAAAGUUCGAUCUAGAUACUGGAUGACUUAUGAAAGGAGAGAGUCUUGGAAGAUAACAUUUGAAAGGAUAAUAUUCAGCAAUCCUUAUAUACCUUUGUCAUUUCGUCUGAUUACCAUGAUCUUUACCAUCAUUUCUCUUGCAAUAGCCUGCCAUAUUAUGGUUUUAUCGAAAAGAAAAUACUUUAACGAUGAAUCAAUUGAUCAACAGCCUAGUACCAUCAUGGCCGUUGUGGUUCAAUCGUGUGCAUUAGUUUAUCUGUCAUAUAUUGCGUGGGAUGAGUUUCAUGGCCAACCGUUAGGAUUAAGAGACCCAGUGGCCAAAAUGUCAUUGAUCUUAUUUGAUUUGUUGUUUAUCAUAUUCUGUGCAGCGGAUCUUUCACUCACUUUUAAUACCCUUUACGAUACGCGAUGGGUUUGUCAAGCUGACGUUACGUUAAGUUACGACAACGUCGUUGCUCCACUAUGUGAUAGACAACAGGGUCUCGCUGGUUUUUUGUUCAUUACAUUGAUUACAUGGGUGAUUACGUUUGCAAUAAGUCUGUUCAGAGUUGUGGCAAGGGUAUCACCUUCUGCAUGA